AUGUUUCGUAGAAAUCUUGGGGAAAACCCCUCGUUCCUCGAUGCCCACUUCGUCAUCGGUGGUCCGUUCCUGAGCAGAAUCCCGAAAACCUUGGGUCAAGCCAUGUUGGAAUCGAAAUCCGUCACAGCUUUGGUGCCCACGAAUGAAGCUGUUCGUCGGUUCGAAGAGAGGAAGCGUCAGGAAGGACAUGAUCUCAAUGUUGUGUGGUCUCAAAUUUACCAGUACCAUUUCUUGAACCUGCCAUUGACAGCGAGCGAUUUGCAAGAAGAAGUCCUCACCGAGCUCCGCGGGAACUACCCUGUGUACGUGACGCGAACAGAGCAUCACGACAGGCGUCAAUCGACUAUUUAUCUCAACAACGCGCGUUUGCUGCGUCACGACAUCAGGGGCUCUGUGAAGGACGACCUGGGGAUGCAAGAACCACAGGUGAUGCACAUCAUUGACGAGGUUCUGGAACCCAUCGUGCCUCGCAUAAGAAACAACAAGGCACCUGAAGCGAGCUUGUUCAAUCCCAGUGCGUGGGAACUUCUUGACAAGUCGUCCGAGUACAACUUGGCACUGACGAAAUGGCGCGGGAUUGUGAUGGAGAGAAACAUGCAGGACUGGUAUUCGGGUUCGGAGCUGAAGACGUACUUUAUCCCGAUUGACGCCGGGAACCGGAUCGAGAAGGGCCGUCUUGAUGACCUCGCCUUGGCUGGCCACGUGAUCCCGGGUCAGGUCCUGUUCACCCGAACCCUGAACUCGGGCUCGACCCACGGCCAGGCCGUCAAGUUCGAGUCGGGUGUCGCGGAACUCGUCGCCAGCGACAAAUACCAGGGUCGGGCUCGGAACCAGGCACCCAAGCUCAAGGUCAUGCUGUCAGUCAAGAACAUCACUUCCCCUGAUGCCAAUCGCAAAAUGCACACUCUGCUUUUCGCCCAGAGCCACACGGUAGUCGGUGACCAGCUCCGCAAAGAAGGAACAGUGAUGGUUGAGAUCGAGCGUGCCAAUAUCCCGGUCAAAAACGGGGUCGUGCACCUCAUCAAACGCCCUCUGCUCACAGUGGACGAAACCCUGACCCAGCUCAUCGAGGGCAACCCGGACCUCAAGAAAUUCGCAGAGUUGCUCAAGACCCAGGCCCCGACUACGUGGAACGCCAUUCUGCGUGCCAAUGAAGGCACGACUGUUUUGGCACCGUCCGACGAAGCCUUCAAUCGCAUGGGUCGACAAACGUACACUAAUUUGGUCAGCAAUCGGAAACGAUUCGAGCAAAUUGCUUCGUACCACGUCGUCCUCGAGAAGUUCUCCAUCAAGAACGCGCUCAAUAUCAAGAAAUCCGCUACUCAGGAUGACGAGAUUAUCGACGAAAACGAGGAACGUCUGUCUAUAGAGGUGAGUUGA